AUGUCAAAACGCCUCUCUCUUCUCCCGAAUUUCUUUAUUUCUUUGUCUUCUUCUUCUUCUGUUAACCACCGGAGAGAGACGACGACGAAGAAGAAUCUAAAUCAUCAUCGAGGUGUUGUCGCAACGACCAACGCGAAAACGACUUUCGCUUUUGAGAGCAGCGUCGCUGCUUCCGACGAUGCAGUGGACGAUUUUGCAAGUAGGAGUAGUACGAGUAGAAAAAGAAAAGACGAUGAAAACGAUGAUGAUUUCUUCCCUCUGUUCGAACUCGCGCUGAGAUGUUUCCAAACGGAGUUUCCAAAUCUCGUCGUCCAACAGGAAAUCCGAGGAAAAGAAGAAACACAAAAAUCGAGGUGUUCAUGGGAAACGAAAAGCGAAAAAAUCGGGCGAGAGCGAGUCGAAGUGACCACGCGAACGGUCGUCUUACGACCAAAACCAGGAGCAAAUGAGGAAGAAUUGAUGGAGAGAGUACGGAUCACGUUCGUUUCUGGAGGCACGAUUGCGCAUUGUUUGAACGUGCAUUGCACGCCGAGGCGAGCGUUUACGCCGAGUUUCGGCGCGGACGUGUUGAACUUUGGGAACGGGAAGAACGUUUUAGUCGGGAUUGAUUUUCAUCCGAAUAGUAUUGAUACGAGUGAUGAUAGGAGUAGUAAUACUCGUAAGAGUCGUAGGAGCAGCAGCAACAGCUUAGCGAAGAGGAUAGCGAGAGAGAUUAAGGACAAGUACGGCGAAAAGUUGAACGCGACGACGCCGAGCGAGAAGUUUUACGAGGAUACGAGCGGGUAUUUUAGCGAGGAGAUGUUUUUCGCGAGACCUUCGUUUACGAGCGAGAAAGGAAAAGAGGAGAACUUUCAGUUAGUUUUGGAGUGUUUUGAAGCGUACUUGCGCGGGUACGUUGAAAUUUUGAAAGAAGAAAGAGGAGCAGAGGUGGAGGAAGAGGAGACGACGGAGGUGAAGGAAGCCUUUCGAAGGCGAUUGGCGGAACACGACAAGUGGCAGAUAGAAAGAGAUCCUGCGAUAAAAAUGUUUUCGAAGUGGUACGGCGAAGAGUGGGCGAACGCCUACGCGAGCGAGGUAUUAUUUCCACUCGCAAAAGAAUGCGACGAGUAA